AUGCUGCUGCGGUUCGAGGUGCGGGGGUCAGCGCCGAGCCUGCAGGACUGGGUCCCGAUGGAGGUCCUGCAGGAGGUCCACAGGCGAUGCCAGUCAGCUAUGAACGAGGCGGCGUUCGGAGGUGCCAGGGUGGACGGCGCUCUCGGGGCCCUUCGGUUUUCCAGGAACGGAGUGGCGUUCUUGCAUGCGGAGUGCACAGAGCUGAUGCCCCUCAGCGCCGCGGCGGACCCGAGCGAUUCGGAGGAGCUCGAGCUAAUGAUAGACAUUAACAUGCACGGGUUGUCGAAGCUUCGGAUGCCUUGGCAGAGCGGGCGGAGCAGGGGCGCGUCAAGUCUGCAGCCGAUCGACGAGCUGCCGACGGAGCAAUGCGCGGAUGACUCGGCAGAGCGAGCGGAGCAGUGUUGCGAAUAG